UCUCUCUCUCUCUCUCUCUCUCUCUCUCUCUAGAAGCAAGAACAAGCAUGCUGGAUUGCUACAGUAAAUCGCCAUAAUCGCCAUGGUCAAACUCCAUUUAUGCCUUUCGAUUCUUGUGUUGUUUCUUGUUAAUCGAUCAUUUGGGUUAACUACAGAUGGGGUUUUGUUGCUUUCUUUCAAAUACUCUGUUUUGAAUGAUCCUUUAGGGGUUUUAGACACCUGGAAUUACUCCGAUGAGUCGCCAUGUUCAUGGAAAGGUGUCCGCUGUGGGAAUGUCGGCGAUUCCUCCGCUGACCACCGUGUCACCGGAUUGUCGCUUCCUAAUUCGAAACUUACUGCUUCAAUUCCCGCCAAUCUCGGAUUGAUUCAGUACUUAAGGGAGCUUGAUUUGUCGAAUAAUUCGAUCAAUGGGUCUAUUCCUUUGUCGUUGUAUAAUGCUUCGGAGCUUACGUUUCUUGAUUUUUCGAAUAAUUUGAUCUCCGGCGAGCUUCGGGAGUUUGUUAGAGGGUGGGUGGGGUUGCAGUUUCUUAACGGUUCGGGGAAUUCGUUGACGGGGGAGUUGCCGGAGAGCCUUGGUGGUCUUCGGAACUUGACGGUGGUUUCAUUGAAGAAUAAUUAUCUUCAUGGGAAGAUUCCGAAUGGGUAUGAUUCGUUGAAAUUUCUAGAUCUGUCUGCGAAUUUCAUCAAUGGGUCAUUACCUAAAGAUUUUGGGAGUAAUGAUCUUGUUUACUUUAACGUUUCUCACAACAAUAUCUCCGGAGAGAUUCCGCCGGAAUUCGCGAACAAAAUUCCGACGAAUGCAACCGUUGAUUUAUCGUUCAACAAUCUUACCGGAUCAAUUCCGGAAUCCAGUGUUUUCUUCAAUCAAAACGAAAGAUCCUUCGCCGGAAAUUCAGAGCUUUGUGGGAAGCCAUUAGACAAUUUAUGUUUAAUCCCUUCCUCCGCUUCCACACUCCCCAACAUCUCCUCACCAACAUCACCUCCGGCGAUAGCCGCCAUACCCAAAACCGCAGACUCAUCUCGUUCAAACAAUUCACCAAACACCUCAAAUGCGUCUUCAAGAACCGGUUUCAAAACCAGCACAAUCGUCGGAAUCGUUGUCGGAGACAUCGCCGGGAUAGCAAUAUUAGCCGCGAUUUUCAUCUACAUAUUGAAAAAACGCAAAAGGGUAGCAUCAGAGAGCAAUAAAAAACACGGCAACGUCGGCAACAAAGAAUACGACUGGGCGUCGUCGUCGGAAGAUCAAGAACACAAAUGGUUACGUUCAUGGCCAUGCUUAACGAAGACAAGAGUCACAGAAGACGAAGAAUCAUCAAACGAAAGUUCAACCUCCGAAAGCGAGGACAACGAAGUGUCGCCGGCGACAGCCCAGAAAAGCAAACACGAGAAUUCAAUGAGAAAAGAAGUCGAGACUAAAGGCGAGCUAGUGACGGUUGACGGCGGCGAUAAGGAGUUAGAGCUUGAGACACUGUUGAAGGCGUCGGCGUAUAUACUCGGCGCAUCCGGGUCGAGUAUUAUAUACAAGGCGGUGCUGGAGGACGGGACGGCGUUGGCCGUUCGCCGGAUCGGCGAAAGCGGUUUGGAGCGGUUCAGGGAUUUCGAAAACCAGGUCCGGGUCAUUGCCAAAUUGGUUCACCCGAAUUUGGUUCGGAUCCGUGGGUUUUAUUGGGGUUCGGAUGAAAAGCUUGUGAUCUACGACUACGUUCCUCAUGGUAGCUUAGCAAAUGCACGUUAUCGAAAAGUUGGAUCUUCACCUUGUCCUUUACCUUGGGAUGUGAGGCUCAAGAUAGCGAAAGGCACGGCUCGUGGGCUAAUGUAUAUCCAUGACAAAAAACAAGUACACGGGAAUCUCAAACCGAGUAACAUUUUGUUAGGCUUGGAUAUGGAGCCUAAAAUAGGAGAUUUCGGGCUUGAAAGGUUAGUGGUAGGCGAAAACAGUUGCAAGGUUGGAAGCUCAUCUCGGAAUUUUGGUAGCAAACGAUCUACCGCAUCCCGAGACAGCUUCCAGGAUGUAACUGUUGGGUCAAACCCUAGCCCAAGCCCUAGUGCAAUUGGAUGCAUAUCACCCUAUUAUGCCCCUGAAUCACUAAGAAGUUUGAAACCUACUGCUAAGUGGGACGUGUUCUCAUAUGGUAUGGUGUUGCUAGAACUACUAACGGGUAAGGUCAUUGCUUCUGACGAAUUUGGGCCCGCUAGUAUGACGUGGAGUCCCACAUUAACUGAUGAAGAGAAAAUUAAGGUGUUAAGAAUGGUUGAUGUGGCUAUUCGUGGGGAUAUGGAAGGGAAAGAGGAGUCUUUGUUGGCAAUCUUGAGAUUAGGUUAUAACUGUAUAUCUCCAAUACCACAGAAAAGACCGCACAUGAAAGAGGUCCUUCAUGCACUUGACAAGUUUCCUUCGGUUUCUUCGUAUUAUUUCGGUCAUAUAUAAAUUAUUAGGGAGAAAUAAAAAAAAUGUAAUUUUCUAGAGAGAUGUGUAUUUAUGAUGAAAGUGAAAGGUAGGUGUUUGUACGUUUAUUUAAAGAUAG